AUGUCAACCACAUGGAUGCUCCCCCGGGGGCUGUUCUUUCGCUCCCUUCGCCAAUCUCACUACACCAAUCCUGCCAGCUCGGAAUUUCUCGCGUCAUCAUCCUUCAAGUUCGUCAAUCCACGCCAUCAUGUUUUCGCCACGGAUAACGUCGCGCAGAAGUUUCCAGCAGCGGCAAUUGCUGGGUUGAGCGAUGAGAAAGUCUUGGCCUUGUUCACCAGUGGGUUUUUCUCGGGGUUUAUCUUUGGCUUCGAAAGGUGGAUACUGAGGAUCGGAGGGUAUAAUCUGUUGCCUGCACGUUAUACAGGCUUCCAGCCAGAUCCACAAGCAGUAACAAUCUGGAAUCGUUCCAAAGUCCCCAACACUCACCUCCUCCCCGUCGGCACCUGCCUAUUCGGCUCCUUUAGAAUGCUGGAUAAGCACAUCGGAGAACCAUCAGACCACAGUUCGAGCCACGUUGACUAUGGCUUCGGCUCGGAUGAAUUCAUCUUUGCAGGAUGUCACCGCUUUCAAAUCACAAGGCUGCCUCCUUCUAACAUGGACUCGGAGUCUGAGUCUGGUAACAAAGGAAAGCAGCCAGAGCCGCAGGUUCAGAUCCAACUACAGCACUUCCGGUGUAAUCCACAGAGAAAUUUUCCUUCGGUGGCCGAGUAUAUUGAGAGGUUCCACUACGUUUAUGCGAAGGCGCUAUUUGCGAAUGGGGUCCAAUCACUCUUGGAACGAGAGCAGUUCAACAGGCCAUGA